GCUCUGAGACAUGUAAGACAAAUUGCACAAGAGACAAGUGGAGAAGUUCAGUACGGUGGAGGGCGCCAACCUGCUGUUUUAAGAACCUUCAGUCAAAAACUCUGUCGGGGAUUCAAUGAUGCUGUGAAUGGUUUUGUGGAUGAUGGAUGGUCACCAUUGGGUAGUGAUGGUGCAGAGGAUAUUACAGUUAUGAUGAACUUGUCUCCUGGAAAGUUUGGUGGGUCUCAGUUCGGUAGCUCCUUCCUUCCAAGCUUUGGUAGUGGUGUACUUUGUGCCAAGGCAUCUAUGCUAUUGGAGAAUGUUCCACCUGCUGUGCUAAUUAGAUUCCUUAGGGAACACCGCUCUGAAUGGGCUGAUUAUGGUGUGGAUGCUUAUGCUGCUGCAUCCCUCAGAGCAAGUCCCUUUGCUGUUCCUUGCGCUAGAGCUGGUGGGUUCCCUAGCAACCAAGUCAUUCUCCCACUAGCACAGACUGUUGAACAUGAAGAGUUUCUUGAGGUGGUUAGACUUGAAGGUCAUGCUUAUUCACCUGAAGACAUGGGUUUAGCUCGUGAUAUGUACUUGCUUCAGCUUUGUAGCGGUGUUGAUGAAAACGUUGUUGGAGGGUGUGCACAGCUUGUCUUUGCUCCUAUUGAUGAAUCAUUUGCUGAUGAUGCCCCUUUGCUUCCUUCUGGUUUCCGUGUCAUACCUCUUGAACAAAAAUCAACCCCGAACGGUGCAUCUGCGAACCGUACGUUGGAUUUAGCAUCAGCUUUAGAAGGAUCAACACGUCAAGCAGGUGAAGCUGACGCAAACGGUUGUAACUUUAGGUCGGUGGUGACCAUAGCAUUCCAGUUCACAUUUGAUAACCACACAAGAGACAAUGUAGCUUCAAUGGCACGGCAGUACGUGAGAAGCAUUGUGGGAUCUAUUCAGAGGGUUGCUCUAGCCAUUGCUCCUCGUCCUGGUUCCUGUAUCAGUCCUAUAUCUGCUCCGACUUCCCCUGAAGCUCUCACUCUGGCCCGUUGGAUCUCACGGAGUUACAGAGUUCACACUGGUGUAAUUCUCUUUGGCUCUGAUUCUCAAACCAAUGGUGACACAUUGCUGCGUCAACUCUGGAACCACACUGACGCAAUCUUGUGCUGCUCGCUAAAAACAAACGCUUCACCGGUUUUCACAUUUGCAAACCAAACCGGUUUGGACAUGCUGGAAACUACUCUUGUAGCACUUCAAGACAUAAUGCUAGACAAGACCCUGGAUGAGCCUGGUCGUAAAGCUCUUUGCUCUGAGUUCCCCAAGAUCAUGCAACAGGGAUAUGCGCAUCUUCCUGCGGGAGUAUGUGCAUCAAGCAUGGGGAGAUUGGUGUCUUACGAGCAGGCAACAGUGUGGAAAGUUCUUGAAGACGAUGAAUCGAACCAUUGCUUAGCUUUUAUGUUUGUGAACUGGUCGUUCAUUUGAGGAAGAAGUGUACUCCAUUCCCCAUGGAAGGUUUGGUUAUUUGUGUAAGAUAUUAAAGUUAGGGUGCUAUUAUGCUCAACAGUGUUUUGAAAUUCAGAGACUAAUAUGUAAUAUGACUUAUGUAUGAUCCUUUAUGGAUUGUUCUUGUUUUAUGUUAUGGCAGGAUAUUAUUAUGAUGAAUGUUAUUAAGUCCUUUUUUGUUGUGCUAAUUUGCUUUUGCAAGAGUUGUUUUUAUCUGAUCAUUUUCCUU